AUCAGCCACACUUUACGACUGCUCCGCUCGUCAUGUCAACCGCACCACAAUUUAUCACGAAGUCCUUCCUUGAAAACGUCUUGAGAGACCAUUUCAAGGAUGACGCCUUAAAAAUUCUAAAUUUUCGCACGUCGAGUGUCGGCGAGGUGGGUGAUAAUUUUACCAGUCUAUUGCUACGAAUCAAAAUUACCUACGCAAAGAAGGGCGGAGGAGAAGGGGAGUAUCCCGUAAUAGCAAAGAUUUUUCCCGAAGAUGAAGAGGCGGCCAGCGUGAUAACCGCAACGAAGGGCUUUGACAGUGAAAUAGGAGUGUAUGGGGAUGUUCUUCCUGCCAUGCACAAUUUAGACUAUCACCAAAAGGUUGCGCCCAAAUCCUACCAUGUAUCAUCCACCCCAGUGCCUAUUUUAAUUUUGGAAGACAUGACAUUCGUGGACUAUAAAAUGCCAGCUCGCAUAGCCGGUCUUAACUUGCGACAUUCUCUGCUCCUCGUUGACAAGCUGGCUUAUUUUCACGCAGCAUCGGUGGCGGUAUUCGAAAAGAAUCCAAAGAUGUCCGAGGAGUUUUACGUGGGACUGUAUGGUACUAAGGAGGUGACGGAUGGCUUUUUUUCGGUUGGCAUUCCUAGCUUUCUUGAGGUUUGCGAGAAGAGCAUAGACCUGCAAGAAUACGCCAGCAAGUUAUCCUACGAGAAAAUUAAGAGUAAACUACAAGAUGUUCUUCAACCUUCCAAAACGUUCAACGUCUUAAAUCAUGGCGAUGCCUGGACAACUAACUUUAUGUUUCACUACGAUGAAAAUGGAAAUCCGACAGAUGCCAUUUUGUUGGAUUUUCAGUUUUCUGUAUACGGAAGUCCACUCGACGAUUUGCAUUUCUUUUUUGUGGUUGGUGCCGAUCUAGAUACCAAAAGUCUGGGGUUUGGGCACAUGCUCAGCUACUAUCACGAGGCAUUGGUCAAACAUAUGAAAUUCCUCAAAACUGAAGCAAAACCUCCGACAUUAAAGGAGUUAAAUGACGAGUACCGCUCCAGAGCGGCUUAUGGUUUGGUAGCCGCAGCCGUCGGCUUGCCCAUGGUAAUUGCGGAGUCGCGGCCGGAUGCCACGCUGGGAAACUUUCUAAGCGAUGGCAGCGAGGGUGGCUAUCGCUACAGUUGCUAUCACAACGAAAUGUAUUUGCGCCAUUUGAAAUUACUUUUGCCCAUGUAUGACGAUUUGGGAACAUUGGACUAAAUGUUUAUAUUUAAAACGCUGGUAUAUUUCAGAAAAUGGCAAAUAGACAAAUUAUAAUCACGAACAUAA